CAAUCCUUGUCAAUGGAAUAUCAAUAUGUAAUAGGAGGAAUUCUAGCUUCUGUUUUGGGGUUUGUACUGUUGAAUAGAUCAAGAGGAAUGAAGAAAACUAAAGAAGCAAAGGAAAAUAUGAGGGAUGAAGUUGUGAAGAGCUCAGAACAAGUGUUAUGCCAGUCGGAAAAUGCCACUAAUGCUGAUAUUAUUAUAGUUGGAGCAGGUGUUGCUGGGUCUGCUCUUGCUUACACUCUUGGCAAGGAUGGACGGAGAGUGCAUGUGAUUGAAAGGGACCUGACUCUGCCUGACAGAAUUGUUGGAGAACUUCUGCAACCUGGGGGUUACCUGAAAUUAAUUGAGUUGGGCCUUGAAGAUUGUGUAGAAGAAAUUGAUGCUCAACAUGUAUUUGGAUAUGCUCUUUACAAAAAUGGGAGAAGUACUAAACUAUCAUAUCCCUUGCAAAGAUCAGAUCCAGAUGUGGCUGGAAGAAGUUUUCACAAUGGACGUUUCAUUCAAAAAAUGCAUGAAAAAGCUGCAACUUUACCCAAUGUAAGACUGGAGGAAGGGACAGUAACAUCCCUACUAGAAGUAAAGGGGACAAUCAAGGGCUUGCAAUACAAAACUAAAAUUGGUCAACAACUUACCGCUUGUGCUCCACUUACAAUAGUAUGCGAUGGUUGUUUUUCAAAUUUGCGACGGUCUCUCUGUAAUCCUAAGGUUGAUAUCCCCUCCUGUUUUGUGGCAUUGAUCUUAGAGAAUUGCGAGCUUCCAUACCCAAAUCACGGACAUGUUAUUCUGGCAGACCCUUCACCAAUCUUGUUCUAUCGUGUUAGUAGCUCUGAAAUUCGAUGCUUGGUUGACAUACCUGGCCAAAAUCUACCAUCCAUUUCAAAUGGUGAAAUGGCUAAAUACUUGAAAACUGUGGUGGCUCCCCAGAUUCCCCAAGAGCUACGUGAUGCAUUUGUUUUUGCAAUUAACAAAGAAAACAUAAGAACGAUACCUAAUAGAAGCAUGCCUGCUGCUCCUCAUCCCACUCCAGGUGCUCUUUUGUUAGGGGAUGCAUUUAACAUGAGACAUCCUUUAACAGGAGGAGGAAUGACUGUUGCCCUAUCUGAUAUAGUCGUAUUAAGGAAUCUUCUAAGGCCUUUGCAUGAUCUGAGCGAUGCAUUUUCCCUUUGCAAGUAUCUUGAAUCCUUCUACACACUACGCAAACCUGUGGCAUCUACUAUAAAUACUCUGGCUGGAGCCUUAUACAAAGUAUUCAGUGCAUCAACUGAUCCUGCAAGGAAUGAAAUGCGUCAAGCAUGUUUUGACUAUUUGAGCCUUGGAGGUGUAUUUUCAAAUGGACCUAUCGCUUUACUCUCUGGACUAAAUCCUCGUCCGUUGAAUUUGGUUCUCCAUUUUUUUGCUGUGGCUAUCUUUGGUGUUGGCCGCUUAAUAGUUCCAUUUCCAUCAAUUCCACGCUUUUUGAUUGGGGCUAGAAUGAUCUCGCUUGCUGCAAAUGCAAUAUGUUACAUUGCUCAAGAUUUUUUGAUAAAAAAUAAGUCAGGAGUUGGUCAUUCAAGAUUCCACAUGGAUGGUUGUUGA